UGUGUGUAUGUGUAAACAGCGCUUCAUAUGUGUCUAUCCCGUCGCCGUGAGAUCAACACAGACUGCACAAUUCUUUCCAUUUCCUGCUAAAAACUGCCACAAAAAAACCCCGCAAAACUGUGUCCCAGCGCGGGUAGCGUGUAAGCUGUUCGUGUGAGUGUUUUUAACUGUGCACUGUGCCCGAAAGUCGUACCCAGCGGGACGCCGCGGUCAGUGCGAUGGAGUACUACGCCAUUUUCAUACCAAACAACACAUCCAACUUUGCCAUCAAAAGCUUUUACAACGACAAGGCGGAAGCGCUGGCCGCCCUGAAGGUGCACAAAGAUGCCCGGAUGAAGUCGUUCCCGUCGAGCGAGGAGGCCGUAUACUUCUACCUGCAUGGGCCCGCGGACGGCGGGGGCAGCACUGGAGGAGGCGGUGGAGCUGCUGCUGCUAGCCUUGUGCCUCCCGGAAGCCCGAUACCGUCGGCCGAACGGAAGGUACCGAAAUCGCCCUUCAUCGCACCGUCCAGCCAGAAGCUGGUCGCGUUUCGCAAACUGAUCGAAGCAAACAACGUCGAGGAGGUGCGGGCGACGAUACAGCAAAACCCGCGCUACCUGAUCAGCUCCGGCGAUACGCCAACCAUCCUAAAGGAGGGUCCCCGCUACAACGCACUACACAUUACCGCGAUCGAGGGUCGGGGUGAAAUCUGCCGCCUCAUACUGCAGACGAUCGAAAGCGCCACGUACAUCGAGCUGCUGCACGGGCAGCGCUCCGCCUCGACCGACGAGGUCACUGCCAUUCUGCUCGACCUGUACCUGAACACGCCGGACAAGUGCCGGAACGAGACGCCAUUGCACUUCGCGGCCAAGCUCGGGUGGGUGGAGGUGGUGCGCGAGCUGAUCGCGUUCCCCCAGUGCCAGGUGAAGCCGAACGCGGACGGGCUGUACCCGCGCGACAUCAUCUGCAGCCGGGCGCGGCCGGCCAACAACACGCCCGAGGUGCGGGCAGCGAUCGAUGCGCUGCUGAGGGAGAACUUCUUCGUGCCGGUGAUACGGGCGGAGGACAACACGCUGCCACCGGUCGUGGGGGAACCGUUCUCGCCGACCGAGCUGCCCAAGCUGGAAGGGGCUGGGCCCAGGGACAAGCUGGGCGCCCGGCGGGAAAUAAAAGCGUACGCCGGCCCGAUGGAUCACGACAAGGCGCAGCGGUUCUGCAAGCGGUGGAAGACACCGCCGAGGCUGAAGGUGUUGGGGAGCGCCGCGGCGAAGGUGCAGAGCGACGGGAAGCUGUCGGAGCUGCGGCAAUGCUCGACGCCGAUCAAGGGUGGCACCGCCCGCCGGCUGCUCUUUGCCAAUCGCUCGUUCGAUGGAAGGCUGGAAGAGGUGACCGCAACCGGAGUGGAUGGUGAGCAGGUGGAGGAGGAGGAGGAGGAAGAGGAGGAGGAGCAGCGCAACAACAAUAAUCACAGCCUGGUGGAAGCGAGCCUGGACGAAAGUUUGGUGCAGCCGGUGGAGAAGCUCCUGCCGGACGAUAACGGCAAUCACCUGCGCCUGUCGGUACCGUACACCCCGAACCGGCUGUUCUUCUCCUACCGCACCAACCACCUCGCCAACGCCAGCUUCGACACGAACGGCUCGUACUGCGACAGCGAGCCGGACGAGGGCAACUUUAGCUACGUGUGCGAGGAAACGCAAACCCUGUACGGGAAGGCGAACGUGACGGAGUCGCCAUCGUUCAAGGAGCGCUCGAUACGGCUGGCCGAUCCGGCCAAGGGCCUGGAAACGGUGGGCCGCAUGCUGGCGGAAAAGGAGCAGGUCGGCUGGAAGGAGCACUGGAGCUUUCUCGGCACGUUCUGCAACAUGGCGGAGGAGGCGGGCCUGACGCUGCUGGACCACUAUCUGGCGCAGCGAAAGCAGCAGCUGGAAGGCGCCAGCCGGCAGCCAGAGCCCAUCGUCCCGCCCGGCGACACCGUGGAGGAAGUGCCGGCGGUGCAGCGAGGCGGAGCGGGAGACCGUUCCUUCAACGACGAGCUGAACAUGAUCUGCGAAUCGACGGAAAAGAUGACGCUCAAUAUGGCGGGCGAUGGGGAGCUGCACCGGACCGCCGUCUCGAACCCGUACCGCUGUCUGCUAAACUCGCUGCACGUGUUCGGCACCCGGCUGGUGAACAAUGUGGCCAAAGCGACUGCCAAACCCGGCGACUGCACUGCCGCUGAAAUGUUCCAGGCCGAGAUACGCAAGGUGGAAAAGCUGCUGGAAAACUAUCGCAACGAUGGGGCCUUCCGGGUGGUUGACUUUUCCAAAGUGCACUCCCUGUUCGCCUACCUGAUCGUGGCGAACGUCCCGCACAACCGGACCGGUGAGGAGCUGGCCAGCAUAUGGCGUCCACUGCUGCAAACAAACGGGUCGCUGCACGACGCAGCCAAAUGUGUCGGCACGUUCUUGGUACAGUAUUCUAGCCUCGCUGCAACAAUAACGCCCCUCGACUUUGCCGGCCAAUCGGGAUGGAGCGAGAACGAACACAUUCUAGCGUGCGGGUGCCGUACCGGUGCGACCACCAUCCACGCCGGCACCGGCGGCCCUCCGGGCAUAAUGGAGCGAAUGAACAAACGGCGCGAAAAGCGUGCGAUUCGGACCACUUCGGCGUCGGAACCGGCACCAGCGCCGGUUGUUGUUGACUUCCACACGUACCGUAGCGGUGGUGGCAAGGAGCCGCUCCAGCUGAACGGGUCGAAGGACGAGGAAGAGCUGUACUACAGCUGCAGCGAUUCCGAGAACGAGCAGGAAGAGGAUGCGUUCUUUACGCCACCGUCAAGCCCGAAAGCGCUGCGCAAGGAUCGCAACGGCAACAACAGCAGCGGCCACCACGAGACGACGGAUGGUUUGCUGAACGGGGCGCUACACACCGACGAAGGAGCACAACUGAACGGUUCGAUGGAUACGAGCCCGGUGGUGGAGGAGCGGCAGGAGCAACAGCAGAAGCAACGCUAUACCGCAUUCAUUUCCGAAACGAUGCCAACCAAGCAGGACUUUGACGUGUGGAACGUGCUGAAAAUGGUCGAGAUCGAUCCGCAGACGCAUCCGCACGUGCACGCCUGGAAGUGUGCGAUGGUGGAGUACGGUUCCUAGGGGCGGGGGCGCGCGAUCAUCCUGCGGGAUUGUGUCUCGAACGAUUGUGUCUCGAAUCUCGAAUAAAACAGGUAGCGAACAGCUGGUUUGGAAAAUUGUCAGACGAAAGCAUGAAAUGCUUAAGAGAGAAGAUAAAAAAAGGAUUAAUGUUUGUUAUUGGCAGUUGGUGGGCUUUGGUUUUGUAUUGCGUAAAGGGUCUACAAAGGACACGUGGAGGGAUAACCUACGAACUGUAACAAUAUAAUUGUCAUGCUGGCGCACGUCAGGUUUUUCAUGUA